AUGGCUGGAGUAGAAGGACAAAAUGAGAAUGAUGUGAGUGAUAGUAUGAGAAUAAUGUUAGCCAUUCAAGAUAUGGCAUCUGCUAUUCGUGAGACAAAUCAACAAAACCACGAACCCCAUCAGGAAACUCAAGAUGAUCAAAUAAUGAGGAUUCAAGGAGAAUUUCGUAAGACACGACCACCUGUGUUCAAGGGUGAUCCAAACCCUAUGGCAGCAGAAGAAUGGUUAAGACAAAUAAAGAGAAAGAUGAAUGAACAAAGAGUUCCUGGAAACUUGAAAGUGACCAUUGCUUCUACCUAUUUGGAAGGACAAGCUUAUCAUUGGUGGGAAUCUGUCUUGGCUAUGCCUGAUGUUGAGGUUGCAACUUGGGUUGCCUUUGAGACAAUGUUUCUGGAGAAAUAUUUUCCUGAAACUAUGAAAACCAUGAAGGUACGUGAGUUCACUAAUCUGUAUCAAGGUGGUAUGACUGUAGGACAAUAUCAAGCUAAGUUCGAAGAACUCAUGCGUUUUGCUCCUUACAUAAUUCCUGAUGAAUCUGCAAAAGCAAAGAAAUUUGAAGAAGGAUUGAGACUAGAGGUCAAGGAGAAAGUGGAACUUUUUAAAUUGAAAAAGUAUACUGAAGUUGUUGAUCGUGCCUUAAUGGCCGAACAAAGGAUACCUAGUUCUAAAAGAGUUUUUGAAACCAAGAAUCCUAACGGGGGACAAAGUAACAAACGCCAAAGAUUUUUUCCCUCUCGUUCUCGAUAUCAAAAUCCAAGAUCAUUUGAGGCAACUCAAAACUCAGGAUUUUGUUAUCAUUGUCGACAGAUAUGA